AUAAGCCGGAGAGCCGGGAAGCGUGUCGGAGCAGCCGGAGAGCCGGAGUGCGGGGCUCGGGAGCCAUGGCCCCACCUGUGCGGAGCGUCUUCUGCCUGGGGCUGUGGCUGGCACAGGUGGUCCGUGCACGGCAUGGCCCACUGCCCAGGCCGACCCUCCAGGCCCUGCCCAGUGCGCUGGUGCCCCUGGGCUCGCUGGUGACGCUGCGCUGCCGGGGGCCCCCGGGCGUGGACCUGUACCGCCUGGAGCAGCUGGGCACCCGCAGGUACAGCGACCAGGACGUGUUGGUCAUCCCGGCCCUGGACAGAAGCUCCGUGGGGCGCUACCGCUGCUCCUACCAGCACGGGAGCCGCUGGUCGCCCGCCAGUGAGGUGCUGGAGCUGGUGGCGGUCGGAGUCUUUGAGAAGCCCCGGCUGUCGGCCAUCCCCGGCCCCGUGGUGCGCUCGGGUGAGGACGUGACCCUGCAGUGUCAGACCAGGAGCGGUUUUGACCAGUUCGCCCUGUCCAAGGAGGGCCAGGCGCAGCCCCGGAAGGAGCACGAUCGCUGGUACCAGGCCAGCUUCUCCCUCGUCACGGUCACGGCCGCCCACAGCGGGGUCUACAGGUGCUACAGCUUCAGCAGCUCGUCCCCGUACCUGUGGUCCGCCCCCAGUGACCCCCUGCAGCUCGUCGUCACAGGGACCUUCCCAAAACCCUCCAUCUGGGCCAAGCCAGGCCCUGUGGUUGCCAUGGGAAGCUCUGUGACCAUCUGGUGCCAGGCGACUCGUCAGGCUGAGGUCUACCGCCUGUAUAAAGAUGGUGCAUUUCUCGAGGAAACAUGGGCCCAGCAGGACUCCACUCACAGGGCCGGCUUCCUCAUUGGGCCAGCAAACUCAUACAGCGCAGGGCAGUACCACUGUGACUAUCAGGCCUCAUUUCGCAUCUCCCAAGCAAGUGACAUCCUGAUUGUGGUGGUGACAGGGUUGUACAGAGCACCCUCCCUGUCAGCGCAGCCAAGCCCCGUGGUGGCCCUGGGAGGCACCGUGUCCCUCUCCUGCAGCUCAGACUAUUCGUCAGACCUGUUCUAUCUGCUGAAGGAGAGAGGAGCCGGCCCCAUCCACAGACAGGACUCCAGUUACCUGAAUGGGACACGCACAUGGCAGACGACCUUCCGUGUGGGGCCUGUGAACAGCACCCACGGGGGCAUCUACAGGUGCUAUAGUUCGCCUUACUCCACCCCUCUUUUAUGGUCACUGGCCAGCAGCCCUCUGGAGCUCCAGGUCACAGGGGCUCUGAGGGAACCCUCCCUGUCGGCCCACCCAGCCUCACUGCUGCUCCCAGGACAGAGCCUGACCCUGCGGUGUCACUGCGAACCAGGCUGUGAGAGAUUCGCACUGACCCAUGACAAGGGGCACACAGCCCCCCCACAGCGACUGGUGGGGCAGCGCAGCCCUGACUUCCCUCUGGGCCCCGUGUACAGCUCCGUUGCAGGCCAGUACAGGUGCUACGGUGGUCGUCAGGACUCCUCCAUGUGGUCAGCCCCCAGUGCCCCACUGGACAUCCUGGUUGCAGGAAUGUUCCAGAAACCACGGUUGCAGGCACAGCCGGGGCCCUCGGUGCCACAAGGAGCUGCCGUGGCCCUGCGCUGUGGCUCUGAUGAGGCCUUGGACACCUUCCUCCUGCACAGGGAGGGCUCAGACACUCCUCCCCAGCGCCUGCGUGUGCAGGGCACGGCCACGCCUGCCCAGGUCACCUUCACACUGAGUCCUGUCACCUCAGCCCAUGAGGGCACCUACAGGUGCUAUGGCUCCCACAGCAAUGACACCUACCUGUGGUCACACCCCAGUGACCCCCUGCAGCUCGAGGUGUCAGGAGGAGCCCAGCCCAGCAGCCCCUCACCCCCGCAGCCGGGCUCGCCCACAGCCCCCCAGCCCCAGGACCACACCGUGGAGAAUCUCAUCCGCUUGGGCGUGGCGGGCUUGGUCCUGCUGCUGCUCGGGCUUCUGCUGCUGGAGGCUUGGCUCAGCGCGAGGAGGACCCGGGGCACAGCAGCAGGUCACCCCGGGAGAGGACAGCCCUCCCUGCUGGGGCUCCAGGCCCUGUGUGCUCACAGCCGCUCUACUUCCGGGACCAUGGGCGUUGGCACCAAGACCCCAGCCCUCAUCGGCCUCCUCUGCCUCGGGCUGUGCUGGGGACCUUGGGACGAGGCACAGGCACAGGCAGGGACCCUCCCAAAACCCUCCAUCUGGGCCCAGCCAGGCCCUGUGGUCGCCAACGGAAGCUCUGUGACCAUCUGGUGCCAGGCGACUCCUCAGGCUGAGUUCUACCACCUGUAUAAAGAUGGUACAUUUCUCAAGGAAACACAGGCCCAGCAGGACUCCACUCACAGGGCCGGCUUCCUCAUCAGGCCAGCAAACUCAUACAGCGCAGGGCAGUACCAGUGCGUCUAUCACACCUCCCUCGGCCUCUCCCAGGCCAGUGACCCACUGACCGUGGUGGUGACAGGGUUGUACAGAGCACCCUCCCUGUCAGCGCGGCCAAGCCCCGUGGUGGCCCUGGGAGGCACCGUGUCCCUCUCCUGCAGCUCAGGCUAUUCGUCAGGCCUGUUCUAUCUGCUGAAGGAGGGAGGAGCCGGCCCAAUCCACAGACAGGAGUCCAGGUACUCCUAUGAGAGCCGCACAUGGCAGACGACCUUCCGUGUGGGGCCUGUGAACAGCACCCAUGGGGGCAUCUACAGGUGCUAUAGUUCAGCUUCCUACAACCCUCUUUUGUGGUCACUGGCCAGCAGCCCCCUGGAGCUCCAGGUCACAGGGGUGUUCAGGGAGCCCUCUCUGUCGGCCCACCCAGCCUCACUGCUGCUCCCAGGACAGAGCCUGACCCUGCGGUGUCACUGCGAACCAGGCUGUGAGAGAUUCGCGCUGACCCAGGACAAGGGGCACACAGCCCCCCCACAGCGCCUGGUGGGGCAGCACAGCCCUGACUUCCCCCUGGGCCCCGUGUACAUCUCCGUUGCAGGCCAGUACAGGUGCUACGGUGGUCGUCAGGACUCCUCCAUGUGGUCAGCCCCCAGUGCCCCGCUGGACAUCCUGGUUGCAGGAAUGUUCCAGAAACCCUGGCUACAGGAACAGCCGGGGCCCUCGGUGCCACAAGGAGCUGCCGUGGCCCUGCGCUGUGGCUCUGAUGAGGCCUUGGACACCUUCCUCCUGCACAGGGAGGGCUCAGACACUCCUCCCCAGCGCCUGCGUGUGCAGGGCACUGACACGCCUGCCCAGGUCACCUUCACACUGAGUCCUGUCACCUCAGCCCAUGAGGGCACCUACAGGUGCUAUGGCUCCCACAGCAGUGACCCCUACCUGUGGUCAUACCCCAGUGACCCCCUGCAGCUCGAGGUGUCAGGAUUGUACAGAGCACCCUCCCUGUCAGCGCAGCCAAGCCCCGUGGUGGCCCUGGGAGGCACCGUGUCCCUCUCCUGCAGCUCAGAUGUUCUGUCAGGCCCGGCCCAUCUGCUGAAGGAGGGAGGAGCCGGCCUCAUCCACAGACAGGAGUCCAGGUACUCCUAUGAGAGCCGCACAUGGCAGACGACCUUCCGUGUGGGUCCUGUGAACAGCACCCACGGGGGCAUCUACAGGUGCUAUAGUUCAGCUUCCAACAACCCACUUGUGUGGUCACUGGCCAGCAGCCCCCUGGAGCUCCAGGUCACAGGGGUGCUCAGGAAGCCCUCCCUGUCAGCCCACCCAGCCUCGCCGCUCUCGCUCCCAGGAAAGAGCCUGACCCUGCGGUGUCACUGUGAGUCCAGCUGUGAGAGAUUCGCUCUGACCCAGGACAAGUGGCACACAGCCCCCCCACAGCGCCUGGUGGGGCAGCACAGCCCUGACUUCCCCCUGGGCCCCGUGAGCAGCUCCGUUGCAGGCCAGUACAGGUGCUACGGUGGUCGUCAGGACUCCUCCAUGUGGUCAGCCCCCAGCGCCGCACUGGACGUCCUGGUUGCAGGAAUGUUCCAGAAACCUCGGUUGCAGGCACAGCCGGGUCCCUCGGUGCCACAAGGAGCUGCCGUGGCCCUGCGCUGUGGCUCUGAUGAGGCCUUGGACACCUUCCUCCUGCACAGGGAGGGCUCAGACACUCCUCCCCAGCGCCUGCGUGUGCAGGGCACGGCCACGCCUGCCCAGGUCACGUUCACACUGAGCCCUGUCACCUCAGCCCAUGAGGGCACCUACAGGUGCUAUGGCUCCCACAGCAGUGACCCCUACCUGUGGUCACACCCCAGUGACCCCCUGCAGCUCGAGGUGUCAGGAGGCCCCAAGGGUUCCCUGCCCAGUCCCACAGAUCCAGACCCCAGGAGUGGUCUGCUCCAUCCCCUCAAGAUCCUGCUCGGGGUCUCAGUAGUCUCCUUUCUGCUGCUCUGCCUCUUCCUGCUCCUCCUCUUCGUCUUCAUCCGAAAGCGCCAUCACCGCCAACACAAGUCAGGAGCAGAGCCCAGGCACCAAGCACUGCCCAAGAGCGCCAGCCCAGCCGCUGAAGCCCAGGAAAGCUUGUAUGCUGCUGUGACGCCCACAGAAGCUGAGGAAAUGCAGCUGGACAUUCAGGUUGCUGAAGGCCUGCAGGAGGUGACCUACGCCGAGCUCAGUCACGGGGCAUCCCAACAGACGGCCACCUCGCCCCUCCCACAGGAGCCCAGCACAUAUGCAGCCCUGGCAGUCCACCAGCCUGGUACUGUCCCAGGGGACCAACUGGGCUGCCCCCACCCUGCGGCCAGUCUGAGGUAACCCAGAUGCUUCAGGAGCCCCAGGAACCCCACAGGGCCACUGACCUUAGGACUGGUGACUGGAACCAACAGCCACCUCGGACCGAGCCUUUGCACACUUCACAGCAAACCAGCACCCAGCCUGGGGACCUAACUACAUCUCAAAGGCCCAGGGACCCAUAGGGGUCACAGGGAGAGUGGCUACCCUGUCCCCUCCCCUCUAACUUCCAGUAAGGGGAAGGGAAAGCCUUCCCCUCCUGACAGUGUGUCAGCAAACCCUGAAGGCAUGAAAUGACUUCCCCAAUGGCCACCUGCCCCUCCCCCAAGCUGGGCACUCCAGGCCAGUGUGGCCCAUGUCCAGUGCCCACAUCCU